CGCUGUUCCGCUGUCGUCGGUAGGACGAGCUAGUCCGUGCUAGUCCGUGCGGCCCCGCGUUCAGGCAACAGCGCGAGGAGUGGAAUUUCUGCUGCUUCCGUCCGGCUCGGACGACUAGGCCGGUUCGAGUCGUUGGUUCGUGUAAUUUCUGUCAUUUGUUUUGGUGUCGUCAGUAGGACGUGUUGACUUUUGAGUCGACUCAAAAGUUGGUUCGUAUAAUUUCUGUCGGCUGUGUGGUGUCGUCAGUAGGAGGUGGUAAUCCCUGCUACGAGAAUGGGUGGAGUGGAGUCCGUGCUGGUUCCGUCCGACUCGGACGACGAUGACGAGCGGCAAGAGCGACGGGAAGCGCGGCGAAGGGAAAAGUACUUCCGCGAAAUGCAGAGGCGACAGCAGCUGCUGCUGCAGCAACAGCAGCAGCAGGCGGCGCAAUUUCACCAGCAGCAGUACGACCAGCAGCAGUACUAUCAACAGCCGAGACAGUUGCACCAGCAUUACCAGCAGCAGGAGCAGCUGCAACAACCCUACCAGCAGCAGUAUGGGGAAGAAUCGUAUUUAAGACCCGGAAUGGAAGGGUACGCGCCGGGUGUAGAAGGCAUCCCGGCAGAAUUAAGAGAGCAUUUUGAUGGCCAAUGGGAUCCUCGCGAAAUCGGGGCUGAAUAUAACGAGUACACCCUCGAACAAACAGCAGGGGGCUCGUUUUCGCCAGCAACUGAUGGAGCAAUUCCGGACGCGAUAGAAGCUGCUCCGUUUGUUGCUGGACAGGCUACACCUCAACCUGAAAUGUUUGGAGAAUACGGAGCAGGGGUUCCGGCUUGGUCUGGCAUCGUUGACAGAUGGGACCCAACCGGGGCUGAUGCAGGCGCGGCUCGGGCUGAGCAGGUUCGGGCCGAACCUGCUCGUCCAGGUUCGGACGGAGGUCAGGAGGAGCUACCCGUGUCUAUGGGUCCCGGCUCCUCCAGCCCUACUAUUGGUGCAGCUAACAGGCAGAGCAAUGUGAUUACGGUAGCAUCCACGUCAGCAGCGGGCCAAGGGAGGGGGGGCACACUGCAUGUCAGCGUGGGAGGAGCAGACGGGUCCACGUGGCCAUCAGCGAUGGGAGGAGUGGAGUACGGUCCUGCUGCUAUCCUAUCCCCGUCUACCAUAGCUGCUGUAGCUGCUGCUAAUGCCAUGGCCAACGCUCCCCCCUGCUCGCCUGAAAGGGCAGGGGGAGAGGGGGAGAAGGGACGACUGGAAAAGGCAGAAGGGAGAGGGACGGGAGGAGCAGGGGGAUGGGAAGGAGGAGGAGGAGGAGGAGGAGGAGGAGGAGGAGGAGGAGGAGGAGGAGGAGGAGGAGGAGGAGGAGGAGGAGGAGGAGGAGGAGGAGGAGGAGGAGGAGGAGGAGGAGGAGGAGGGAAGGAAGGGGAGGGAGAGGGAGAGAGGGUAAGAGAGGAGAGGAAGGAUGAAGCGGAGAAAGGAUGGGUGAAUAGAGUGGUCAAGGCAUCUGGUAGCAGUAAUAGCAGCGGCAGCAGCAGCAGCAGUAGCGGCACUGGUGGUGGUAGAACUGGUAUCAGAAGACCGGGAGGAAAUAAGGAAAAGAGGAGUUAUCAAGCGUUUGAUAGUUCUGCUGGGGAUAAUGGUAGAGAGGAGGUUAAGGGGAGUGUUACAAAGGCGGAUAGUGAUGAUGAUGACGAUGAGGAGAGUCGAAGUUCAAGGGAGCUAGACGAAUCAGAUACAACCGAGGAGGAAUGUGAGGGAGGGAAGAGGAAGAGGAGAAUGGAGUGACUGGAUCUGAGGACUCUGACGGGGCGAGCUUGGGAAAAUCGCAUGAAAAAACUGAGACGGAUAGCAGAGAUGCUUGUAAAGGGGACAGGAUGGAAGGAGAAGAAGAGGAAGACAGGGACGAAGAGAAGGGGCAGGA